CAAAAACACGAGCUUUCCGGGGUUUCUCCUGUUUGCGUUUGACAUCUUGGUUUAGCCGGCAAACAGGCAGGAAACAUGGCAGACUCUGGGGGAGACGGAGAAACUGAAAUGAUCUGUAAAUCUAAAGCGACUAAGAGUUGGAUCCCCAAUAUCAUUAAGAAAAGAGUCUGCUCCACCUUUGUGGAAGACUCUGUGAGUGAUGGUAAAAUGUGUCAGUGCGGGAAAUCAAAAAAAGAACAUCCCCCUCAGGCCAUCGGAGACCAUUUCAGCGCCGCCAUGGUGAACUGUUGGGACACUGUCCGACACUCAUCAGAAUUACCAACGGAUGCCUUUGGAGAGCUGCAGUUUGCAGGAGCCAGCAAAAGACAUAGCUAUUUCUUGCGUCUGUCGUGGGGCACGAAUCCGUCUACCAUCUACAACUUGAUGACGGUCCACUGGAGCCUCCCGUCACCCAACCUUGUGGUUUCUGUUGUGGGCGGAGAGAGCCAGAAGUCGGUGAAGACGUGGGUGAGGGAGGUCAUCAGGAAGGGGCUGGUCAAAUCCUCACAAAGAGCAGGAGCGUGGAUAAUAACUGAGGGUUUGCGUGAAGGAGUUGGGAAGUGUGUGGGUGAGGCGGUGAGGGAUCACGCUACUGCUGCGUCUUCAGGUUCUUCCAACAAGGUGGUGGCGGUUGGCAUUGCAUCAUGGGGCUUAGUCUACAACAAAGAGCAGCUCAUCAACCCAGAGGGAAGUUAUCCAGCCAAGUAUGAUAUCAGGAACUCUCCGAAAGACUCCUGCUGCCUGGACAACAACUACCAGGCCUUUCUGCUGGUGGAUGAUGGGAGUGUUGACCGCCGAGGAGGAGAAAUAAGCUAUAGAGCCAAACUGGAGGACUACAUUUCCCAUCAGCCCACUGGAAUUCAGGAAAGUGGCAUCAAUGUUCCUGUUCUUUGCAUGCUGAUAUCAGGAGAUCCAAGUAUGCUAAAGAGAGUGGAUCUCUCGCUGAAGAACUCCAUGCCCUGGCUGGUGCUGGCUGGUUCUGGAGGCCUGGCAGAUUUCCUCAGCGAUGUGGUGGAGAAUGUGUCCUCAUCCCCGGUGGUCCAGUCUCCAGUCGAGGCUGACGGAGACUUCAGCCCCAUGGUGGACCUGAAGGAGAAGGUGGCAGAUCGGGUUAAGAAGUACUUCCCAAAUGAGACUGAGACGGACAAAGUCGUGGAGCAGACUCUGAGCAUCUACCAGAACAAAGACCUGAUCACGGUUUAUAACGGAACACAGGAGGGGCUGAAUGACUUUGACACAGUGCUGCUCAAAGCGUUGGUGAGAGCGAGUAAGCAGCGUGUGUCGGUUGAUGACAGUCCCUACAACGAGGAGCUCAGGUUGGCGGUCACAUGGAACAGAGUCGACAUUGCUAGGAGUGAACUUUUCAAUGGAGACAUCCUCUGGAAAGAUAAAGACUUGAAAGACUCCAUGACGAACGCCCUGAUCAACGAUAAGCCUCAGUUUGUUCGGCUUUUUACCGAAAACGGCUUCGACAUCCGGAGUUACUUGACUUACAGAAAGCUGGAGAAGCUGUAUCAGUCUGUGCCCACUGGAACGCUCUUAUACCAGCUACUGGAGCGCCGCCUACUGAUGCGCCAAGGAAUUACAGUCCCUGUGUGUGCUCCGGACAGCGAGCCGGAUUCAUCAAACCAUAAAAAAGAGUCUGAUCAGAGCGAGCCAGUGAUGAAAGUGACUCUUUUUGAGGUGUCUGGUGUUCUGGAUAUGCUUCUUGAUGAUGUCUGCCAGCCGUUCUACUAUGACGUUUUGGAUUUGGCGCAUUUCUCGUCCAGAAGAAGAGCUCUCAAGCAAGCUGCCAAGCUUCUAGUCGGGGAGAGGGAGUACAGGGAGAAGCGCUGCUUCUACCCCUGGGCUUCACUCUUCAUCUGGGCGAUCCUCCAGAGGCGGAAUGAGAUGGCCACUUUCUUCUGGGAGAUGGCGGGCGAGUCGGUGCUGAGCGCUCUCAGUGGUUGUAAAAUGUUGAGAGAGAUGUCCAAGCUGGAGACGGAGACUGAAGGCAAGCUGUCCCUGAAAGAGAUGGCUCAGAGCUUUGAGAAUCUGGCACACGACAUCUUCAGCUCUUGCUAUCGCAGUGAUGAGAAUCGCGCCUUCACCCUCCUGAUUAAGAAGUCUCCUGUUUGGGGCGGCACCACCUGUUUACAGAUGGGCAUGGGCGCUGACACCAGACUUUUCUUCAGCCAUGAUGGCGUGCAGUCUCUCCUGUCCCAGAUCUGGUGGGGGGACAUGAAACGGAACACAGAGGUGUGGAAGCUGCUGCUGACUUUCUUCUGUCCCAUCCUCUGCUACACCAACCUCAUUUCCUUUAGAAAGCAAGAGGAACAAGAUAACAAGCUAGAAGACGAAGAAGGGAAGCCCAACGAGGACCACGUGGAUAGCAACUAUGACUAUGGAACCACUGUGUUCUCCUACCCUGACAUGAAACACAUUGACGGUGACGCUCAGGCUCCAGUCUCUCCUUCAACACCCAUGAUUGACAAAGACACACUUUUCCGACCGCCGCGGCGUCCCUUCAUCGUGUCACGCUGGCGUCAGUUCUGGUUCGCACCUGUCACCUCAUUUUUGGGCAACGUGGUGAUGUACUUCCUCUUCCUGGUGCUCUUCGCCUACGUGCUGCUGGUGGAUUUUAAGCCGCCGCUUCUUGAGGGUCCGGCGGUCUCGGAGUAUGUGUUGUACUUCUGGGUGUUCACCAUCGUGUGUGAGGAGAUUAGGGAGACAGCCUUUUUGGGGAUGAUGUCUUGGCGCCAAAGGCUGAAGAGCUACAUUCAGGACGUGUGGAAUAAAAUCGACAUCGCCGCCAUAAUCCUGUUCAUCGUUGGACUGAUCUGCAGGAUGUAUGAAAAGUCGUACGAGUUUGGCAGAGAAGUCCUGUGUGUGGAUUACAUGGUCUUCACUCUUCGCCUCAUUCACAUCUUCGCCAUUCAUAAACAACUGGGACCAAAAAUCAUCAUCGUUGGGAAGAUGAUGAAGGACAUCUUCUUCUUCCUUUUCUUCCUGGGGGUGUGGCUUAUUGCAUAUGGAGUAGCCAAUCAGGCUUUGAUUUAUUCCUACGACUCCAAUCCUGAUCGGAUCUUUCGCAGAGUUUUCUACAGACCGUACUUGCACAUAUUUGGACAAAUUCCAGUGGAGGAGAUUGAUUCUGGAAAAAAUUGGGAUUUGGAAUGUACCAAGAACAGGACAUUUAUUGACGAUGGUUCGGAGCCGUGCAGAGCUGAGUACAGCAACUGGGUGGUUGUGGUCCUGCUGGUCAUUUAUCUGCUAGUGACCAACAUCCUGCUCAUAAACCUGCUUAUCGCCAUGUUUAGCCACACCUUCUCUGAAGUGCAGGCAAACAGCGAUAUCUACUGGAAGUUUCAGCGCUACAACCUGAUCGUCACUUACCAUUUUCGGCCAAGUUUGGCUCCGCCCUUCAUCAUCAUUUCUCACAUCAACCUCUUUAUUAAGAGGGUUAUUCGCAAAGUGCCAUCUAUCAAAGUUCGCCACUUUGUAUUGCAGCUGAAAGGCAAAGCAGCAAACAAGCUAACAACAUGGGAAACCAUUCAGAAAGAGGACUUCCUGACAGCUAAGGGCAAGACCCAGAAACACAGCGAUUCAGAGAGAUUCAGGCAGAUCUCUGCCAAAAUUGAUGGGAUUCAGAAAAAUGUGGCUGAAACCAAAGACCUUGAACACAGACUGAGAUCUCUGGAGAAUGACAUGGAAUAUUGCUCAAAGGCUCUCAGCUGGAUUGUGGAAACUUUAGCACAGAGCAGCACUUUCAAACAUCCACGACCGCCACCUUCUUUUAGAGAUUCUAGCUCCUCAACAUCCAGCUGAACACAAUUCAACCACACUGAUGGCAGAAAAUUCACCAAAAGGAGAAAUGGUUAUAAAAAGGAGUUUUUAUAAAACAUCCUUAACCUGUAAUAGAGGAUUACCAGCAUUGAUUAUACCAAAAACUCUAAAGUUCAGAAAACAAAUGUGAGCUGUGAGUUUGAGUAGCGAUUUAAUUAUAGUUCACAUGAACUGCACAUUGUUUGUCUUCAAAGGCAUUAGUGUUAAUAAGUUACAACACACAUGAAAAUGUGAUAUUUUAUAGUUUAUUAUUUAUGGAAAAAUUUUUAUAAAAUACAUCUUCUGUACAAACAAACGACUAUUUUCCAUUAAAAUAAAUAAUAAUCUAAACUUUU